GAGCGCGAACCGAUCGCAGUCGCAGUCACGGUCCACAGGCCGUUCGCGUUCGUUCUUGUGCUCGUGAUCUCCGCGCGUCGAUGCUUGUUCUCGUUCACGAUCAUCUACGAUCGAAUCAAUUACCUGAAGAAUCGAUUUGCAUUGAUUCGCCGUUCGAUCGUGCUCACGGUUGUGAGCACGGUUCGCUCGCCAUUUCUUUCGAUGACGCCGCGAAGGAUCGGAUCGAGAAAGGACGACUUCGAAGGGGAGCGAAUGAUCGAAAAAUGAGAUCUGCCGAUUCCGGGAAGAUUCUCGACGGGCACGGCGGCACUUGAUAACGGGAAGCACGAUAAGUGGGAUUCGACGUUCACGAGAGUGGAACUUUUCGAUAUAAGUCGUGAUCUUUGAAGUCGGAAGCGAGUAACAAAGGACGCAAUGAAUUUGAAUGCGCGAGACGUUGUCCUAGCCGUUGAUACCUAGCCCUAAUCGUCACACAGUAGCAAAGUGAUAACGAUCGGAAGCGAUCUCCCUUGGAUCUAACGUACGUGCCGGCCGGUACCGGCCUCUCAUCAGAACACGCGAGACGUUUGUUUCACGUGGCUCGUCGCGUUGAGAAAUGUGACCCGACCCAGCUGCAGCCACUACUCGAUCCGACGAAUUCUGUAAUUUUGGCGACGCAUCUUCAUCGAGAACGCAAGUUUAACGGAGUAGCCGGAUAAAUGGCAAAAGUAUUUACAUCUCGCAUUAAUUUAAUUUGGAUUCAUUAAAUUCGUUUUCCAUCUCUUGGUUAUCCACUUCUUCCUUUAAUUGAGCGUGCGGUAAUUAAAAUUUUGAAAGCAGAUGGCUCUCUCUCAUAUGUUGGCAUAACGGCGACAUGGAGACGCUAUACACUGGAGCGAUUCAUGGCUUUCCGCAGCCAGGCGGCGGAAUAGCUAAUGGCGUUUCCACGGGAAUCGCCAGUUCCUUCGACCAGGAUGGCGUGUUGAGUCUCAUCGUCGUUCUCGGGGGAAGCCUGUCCCUAGUGGCCCUGGUAUUCGCAUUCAUCACAUACAGCCUCUUCUCUGACUUGAGGAGCCUGGCAGGCACAACUCUGAUGAAUCUUUUGGCAGCUCUCUUCAUGGUUCAGCUUCUAUUCAUCGUGGGAGCUGGAGGAGUACAGGACUCGGAGCUCUGCAUCUCGCUCGGCCUGAGUUUGCAAUAUCUGCGGGUAUCGGUGGUCUGCUGGCUGGCGUCGAUGUGCCAUCAUCUGUACGCUACCGUGGCAUCUUUACCGCGUCGCGAUGAUCCGCCAACAUACCUCAAGUACAGUCUCUUCGCCUGGGGCGCGCCCUUGAUCUGCCUCGUGUUGGCGACUCUCCUGCAAAGCCACGAAAGCAACAAUUUCUGGAAUGUCGUUGAUCUCACUCCCUUCAAUUGCUGGUUUCUAGGAGCCACGGCGACGAUUUAUGCGUAUGGCUUGCCGGUCGUCCUACUACUACUAGCAUCCAGUUAUUACCUCAUUAAGGCUGCAAUUGUAUCGAGGUACACAUGCAGUAUGCAACUCGAGAUAAAGCAGCGCGAGAAGAUGAAGAGGAGGCGGGCGUUGCAGCUGAUGCUCUUCCUCAAGGUCAGUGUGAUCGUCGGUCUAGUCGCGGCCUGCGGGGUGGCGUCCAGGGUCUGGAAGAUUCCCUUCCUGUGGGCGGUUUUCUGCACGGGUCAUUCUCUUCAGGGAUCGGCAGUGGCGCUCUCCGUCGCGUGUAACUGCAGGGUCUUGAAGGUUUACGCCAGGAAAUCGCACAAGCAACCGGAACUCCAGAUCGCGAAAUCGAGCAGUAGCAUGCAGCUGCUCGCACCUGCGCCGGAUCCAGUUUAGGCGAUCCUCGGAUCUAUACCCGGAAAGGAAGGGGCAGGAAAUGAAGAGGAGAACCGGCGACUGGCAACGGCUGGUGGUGCCAUUCUCUGGUCCGCGAGGCGUAAUUAUUUUUACAUCGAGAUAUGCGCUGAUAUUUCUCUCCUAACUUUGCCUUCUUCUCUGCAACCGCGAUUUUCUCUCUAUGACGUGCGAUUUUAGUUUCGAAGUCUUAGUAGAUUAUCUCUACAACGUUUUUAUAGUAGACGGAGAGCUUUCGAAAAACUUGUAAUUUGUAAAGAAACUCGAAAAGAUAUAAAAAGAAGAAGGGAAUAGGGUAAUCUUAAAAUUAUAUUUUUUUCAUCGAUGUGUGAAAUUUAUAACAUAUUGAAAAUGAUGACGUUACUUUAAAUUUUUUAUGAUUUUUGACAAAGUCGUAAAAACUGUAUAAGAUAUAUACAGGUGGAGAUA